CCCCAUAAAACUAAUAUCCCCGGUUGACUUUACACCAUAUGAUUGGUGAUUUAAUGUGAAAUACUUUAUGAAAGCCAGGGAACAUUUUUUUUUAGUAUGUGGUAUGUUAACAGUAUGUGGUAUUGGUAAAAAUAGAUAAAAUCGGGUCGACGAUUAAUUUAAAGUUUGCCAGCACCUGAAGGAAUUUCCCGGUCUUUGAUCUUUUCAAGUUACAGGAGUAUAAAAUGUUCGGUUGCACUCGAACUUAGCCCUUCCUUACUUGUUUCGUAUAAUUUUUAUUAAGAUCUCAGUACCCUUCAGAUUAUAUGCUUGCAGUCAAGUACGCUGGUAAAUCUGUACAAUAUUGCUUGAGCGGCAGUUUUCCGCAGGGAUCGGUCGUCACGCCUGUGUAGACAAAAGGUUGCUAAAAUUCUAGCCAAAACAAUUUUCAAUUUUUUUUACCUCAGUUGGAAUUUUUUACUGCAUUUCAAACAAUGGAAAAAAUUCUAUAAGAUCAUCGUUUAUUCGAUGGCGAUGAAAUAACUAACGCCAGCUGUUUGACAGGCAGUUCGUUUAAGUUUCUCUCUUCUUAUAUUGCUAAUCCCAAAUUGAUCUAAAGUAGUCCAUAAAAUUGUCACUAACUUUGCUUAAUAAACGGUCUUAAUGCUUAAGAAGUUGCAGCAUGAAAUUAUUUGAGUUUUUCUCCAUAAGUAUUUUUUCUCUCCAAUGAAGAAGGUGCGGUCAGCACUUUAUCGAAAAUCAAUUCAUAUGGUAAUCGUGCUUUAGAAGUAAUCAAACUAAUAAGAAAAUGUGUUUACGAUCUCAAAACUUCUGUGCUUUUUCAGAAUGUUCGACAUAGUGAAGAGAAGUGAAAAGAAUUUCUAUCCAGAAUCAACAUCAUAAAAAUUUUAAAUUUUAUCAAAGUCCAUUAGUUUCAAGAUUUUACGUAAUACGAAUUUACAUAAAAUUUCACCAUUUUCCACUUAGCGGUUUUUGUAUAAAAGCGUGUGACGUGCUCUCAGAGAUUGUAGUUUAUUUUUGAAAAGAUGUACGAGAACACAACUUUAUUUCUUCUUUUGGUCCUUUUUGUGGCCUUUGUGGUGACGACUCCGACUCAAUUAACGAAAGAAAUUUCAGACAUAACAGAAAGUCGCGCAGUUGUUAAGAAGGAUUUGGGUCAAUUGAGUGAGAAGGAACAAAAACUAAUUGAAAUAAACGUGAAUUCUACCAAGCAGGUGAAAACAGUUAAUACAACCGUGGAAUCUUCAGCUGAAGCAGACACAGAUACCGUUACAAUAAAAGCUGAGAAUGUCAAGAACACUACAGAUAGGAAUAAGGACUUAAAAACGGAACCGUCAGUAGUUUGUGAAAAUGCUGCGAGGAGACCCGAACUACAGCAACAUCGAAAGAAUUUGGUUGCAACGCCGAAAUUUCAUCAUGGCGGCAGUAAACCUUAUGUACAGUUAGUUGUGCCCACACAAUAUCCAUAUACUACUAGACCGCCACAUCAUCCUGGUUAUGAUGGAGAUAACGGUUACGGUGGAGAUUACGGUUACGGCGGUUAUCCUGGUUAUGGCGGUUAUCCUGGUUAUGGUGGCUAUCCUGGUUAUGGUGGCUAUCCUGGUUAUGGCGGUUAUCCGGGUUAUGGGGGCUACCCUGGUUAUGGCUAUCCGGGUUUUGGUAGUUACCCUGGAUAUGGUUUUGGUGGUUAUCCGAUAUUUAUUUACCCGAAUGGAACGAUUGCUACCUUUCCAUUUGCACGUUUUCGCGCACUUAAUCUAGACUCAGAAAGAUCUUUAGAAAAAUCAAAAUUUCACGCUGAAACACUAAGAACCACCAACGAGGCGAGUGUGAUGAAAGAAAAAAGCAAAGAGAAGGAAUCACUGCCAACAUUCUUUCGUUUUUUAAAUUUUAAAUAAUUUUGGAAAUAAAUAAAUUCGCAAAGUUGCAAGGUUCAACGUAAAGUUUUAUUACUUUUAUUCGCUUGAAAAAAAUUGAUCUUAAUCAACAUUUGCCAUUUACAUUUGUUUAUGUUAUUAAGAAAAGCCGCAAAAUACAUAUUCAAUGAAACAAUUGCUAUUCUCUGACUUUGUUUAUUGCUUGGCUGCGCUGACUCAGACAAUACCGAGGUU